UAUAAUACAGCCCUGAUGCUGGCCUUACAUCCUCAGACUGCAGAGCGAGAAAUCAGGAGCAGCAGCAAAGAGGAAGACAUGAGGUGCAUCAGGGCUCUGUGUUUGGUCCUCUGGGCUUUUGGGUUCACCUCCACGGCAGAUGAGCUCAGGGAACAAGCACUUAGACUAAUGGCUAUGACUCCACUUGUGGACGGACACAACGACCUGCCGUGGCAGCUGAGGUCAAAGUUCAAUAAUCAGCUCAACAGUGUGGACCUGUACACACUCGACUCUACACACACCAAUAUCCCCAAAAUCAGAGAGGGUCGCCUCGCAGCACAGUUCUGGGCUGCGUAUGUCCCGUGUGCUACUCAGUAUAAAGACGCAGUGAGACAAACCCUGGAGCAGAUUGAUGUCAUUCACAGGAUGUGUCAUAAAUACCCAGACGACUUCAUGUUUGCUGCCAGCAGUGAAGAUAUAAUGGACGCCUUUGCUCAGAAUAAGACAGCGAGUCUGAUUGGAGUGGAAGGAGGUCACUCCAUAGACAGCAGCUUGGGCACACUGCGCACCAUGUACCAGCUGGGGGUUCGGUAUCUUACCCUCACACACAGUUGCAACACACCCUGGGCAGAUAAUUGGUUGGUGGAUACAGGGUCAGAUCCUGUGGAACACAAAGGCCUGAGUGAAUUUGGGAAGAGGCUGAUCUUGGAAAUGAACCACAUGGGUAUGCUGGUGGACCUGGCUCACGUUUCAGUGGAUGUGAUGAACCAGGUGCUGGACAUCUCUAAAGCUCCGGUCAUCUUUAGCCACUCCUCUGCCUACGCUGUCUGCAAACACAAGAGAAACGUUCCAGAUGAUGUCCUUCAAAAAGUGAAAGAGAAAAAUGGGAUCGUAAUGGUCAAUUUCUACAAUGAUUACGUCACCUGCAGCCAAACAGCUACACUUUCAGACGUGGCGGAUCACUUUGAUCACAUCAAGAAGGUUGCUGGCUCCAGCAUAGUGGGAUUCGGCGGAGAUUACGACGGCGUUGGCAGAGUGCCAACUGGUCUGGAGGAUGUUUCAAAAUAUCCAGACCUGGUAGCAGAACUGCUGAGACGAGGCUGGACAGAAGAGGAGGUCAGAGACGCUCUGGGGAGAAACCUGCUCCGAGUGUUUAAAGAUGUGGAGAAGGUAAGAGAUGACCUAAAAGACACGCAUCCAGAUGAUGUGCCCAUUCCUCUGGACCAAGUCCAAAACUCCUGCAGAACGAACUACGGCUACCCAGAUGACCACAAUGCUGCAGGCACUCAGUUUCACAGCCUGUCAGUUUUAGCCUCGACUCUGACCUUCCCCUCACUGCUUGCUACGUUUAUGUAAUUAGCCUUUAGCUGCACACUGAUUAGCCUGUAAUUCGUAAACCUCAAGCACAAGCACAGUCCUGUGGGCUUCUGUUUUAGAACAUUUAGAAACCUUGGCCCAAAACAAACUCAUUUUUUAUUCAAUUAAAUAAACCUUGGUUUCCCAGAUCAGAGCAAUGCGUGAAGCAUGCCAUUUUACAGUUAAGUGAUGUAAUUGGGUUAUAGAUUAUACAUACUGGUUAUACUGUAAUGUGUAAUGGCUCAUAAUGGCAGAACUAAACCUCAGGCCAUUGGCUUGUUCUUAAAUGAGCAAAACUGAGUCUUAGAUCUGAUUAAGGCCUAGAAAUAGAAAUAAAUAGAAAUAUAAAUUCCUACACUCAUUACUUUUGGUUUCCCCAGUCUUGCACAUGCACACAAAUAUAUCCAGAUAGGACAGAUGUUUGUUUAAAAAAAACAAAGGCCAUCUCUGUAUUUGCAGCAAUGUAGAGCAAGCUGUGAGCAGGGCAGCAGUGCAUACUGUUAGAAACAAGAAAAACAAAGAUCCUUAUUUGAUAGUAAUGUGGGUAAAUGUUUAGAAAAGCCACAGCAGGAAGUUUGAAGUUUUUGUAACCACAAUUGUAAUCACAAUUUUGUGCACUACAACUUUUGGAGUAAAACUUUAAGUAAAAGCCUUUGCCUGUGGCUCAUGCAACACUGGGCAUGCUGCUCCCCACCUCUCACUCACUGUCAGUAUGUAGUCAUUCCCCCAGACUAAUUUCUUUUAUGUGUAAAAACAGGGGUGUAACCGUACAGAAAAUUCAAGGUUCGGUUCACACCUCAGUAUAAACCCCAGGGUUCGGUACAUUUUCGGUACGGUUGGUGUAAAAAAUAAAGAGUCUGGGCAUUCUGCAUAACCUCACCUGUAUUAACUUUAUAAUAACAGUGGAACUUCACUAUAACCAUGUUUUGUUUUUUUGGGAGGGAAUGUUGUAACGGGGCUCGAGGACUUUUAUUAAAUGGUUGAAACCAG